AUGUACAUAGAAGAUGGAAGUGAUUCAGUGAGGAACAGAAGCUCCAGAGCAGCUGUAGUGUGUUUGGUGCUGCUGUGUGUUCUUCUGCUGACUACAGUCAUAGUGCUGUGUGUCACACUCACUCAAGAGAGACAACAGUUCAUAUCCAAUAAUGAAAACCUGACCAAUGAGAGACAACAGCUAAGAAAUGAACUUCAGAUAAAUUUUAAAUAUCUCCAUACGAGGAGCUGGACUGAGAGUAGAAGAUACUGUACAGAGAGAGGAACAGAUCUGAUCAUCAUAAACAACAGAGAGGAAAAUGAUUUUGAUAAGAAAAUGUUUGGCGGUACUACAGCCUAUACUGGUCUGACUGACAGUGAUGUGGAGGGCAGAUGGAAAUGGGUUGAUGGCACCAACAUGAUCUCUGGGUUAUGGGGGCUUGGAGAGCCAAAUGGAUACAUAGCAGAGAAUUGUGGUGUGAUUGUGGAUAAUGACCCAAGGUGGCCUACUUUAUUUGGGUGGCAUGAUGUUUCAUGUAAUAGAGAUUUUCAGUGGAUCUGUGAGAAGAGGAUUUCACUCAUAUUGCCAUAGGAACAUCACACAUAUUUUUGACAGUUUUAAAGCUCAACAGUAAAGAACUUUUGUAAUAACUGAUCAUCAUCUAAAGCAAUGCUUUUCAACCUUGUUCAUAGAGGCUGCCCUCAACUGCACAUUCUGAAUUUCUCCUUUGUCAGACAGCCAUU